UCCCCUCGCAAUGAGAUUUUUUAUAUUUUAGAGCAGGAGUUUUGCACUGGCCAAACUUCUCCAGUCUAACUCUCCCCUCACCACUGUGUCACUUAGUCCGAGGCCAGGAACAGCGGCGUUAUCUGAUAAAAGAGUUCAUGUAUAUAUCCACAUUCAUCUCUUCUAAAAAUUACCUAGAAAUAAGGUUUCUUUAAUUGCUGGUUAAAAUGCUCCCGUGCAGAAAAGAGGAAAGAACCUGCCUGGUUCCUUAGCAAAUCUGAGUUCCAGUCCCAGGUCCACUACUAUUAGCUGAGUGAAGCUUCCAGCCCGUUUCACCCGCCUGGAAACUGAGGACGGCAACCCCCACCCUCGCAGGGCCGGUGGGAGGACACAAGGUGAUGUGGUCAAGUGCCAGGCCCAUACGGUAAGUGCCCAACUAAUCUUGCCCCUCUCAGGACCUACCGGGGGCGGGUGCUACACUUAAUCACCGGGAAACGCAGCUUUCCGGGGCGGCUGACGGCCCGCCCCCUCCGACCGGGCUGUUCUCUCCCGGGCCGUGGCUCUCGGUCCUCUGCAGCGGCGAGGACUUCGGCAGCUCCCCGGAACGCCCGUUGCGCUGGCACCCUGGGCCAGCGCCCUCCUACUAGCACCGCCCUCCUCGUCUGCGGUAGCCAAUCAACACGAGGCUUGUAGGCUGCUGUUCCUCGAUUGGCUACGGCUCUAGCUCCGCCCGCCGCACUUGGCGACGGUGUCCGGCGGGGAGGCGGUGGCUUCCGGCCUGGGACGGAGCUGUAGCGGCACUGUAGCUGCGAGGGCAGCGUCGCGUGUGUAACUGCGGGGGCGUGUCGGCGGGAAGGACAGCCGGGCCGGGACUCGCGGUGUCCGGGUGACCGCGGCUUCCCGGGAGCAGACCUCUGUGGGCACUGUGAGGCGGAACGGAGCGGCGGGGCAGGAGCUGUUCUGGGCAGGUGAAGGCAGGCUCGUGGCUGAAGGAACUCCUUCUCAUCUUCCACAGGGGCUGAAAGUUAAAACCCCGCCUUCAUCCCGCGUGGAGUCUACCCCAAGCCCCUCUCUUCUCCGCAAUUCUUGUCACCUUCGAGGAGGCCAUGGAAACCCCAACACCUUUGCCGCCUGUACCCGCCUCCCCGACCUGCAACCCAGCCCCACGGACAAUCCAGAUCGAGUUCCCGCAGCAUAGCUCAUCGCUGCUGGAAUCUCUGAAUCGCCACAGGCUAGAGGGAAAGUUCUGUGAUGUGUCCCUCCUGGUGCAGGGCCGGGAACUUAGGGCUCAUAAAGCAGUGUUGGCUGCUGCCUCUCCUUACUUCCAUGACAAGCUGCUUCUGGGGGAUGCGCCUCGUCUCACUCUACCAAGUGUCAUUGAAGCCGAUGCCUUCGAGGGGCUGCUCCAGCUCAUUUAUUCAGGGCGUCUCCGCCUGCCACUGGAUGCUCUUCCUGCUCAUCUCCUUGUGGCCAGUGGCCUCCAAAUGUGGCAAGUAGUAGAUCAGUGCUCAGAGAUUCUUAGAGAAUUAGAAACUUCAGGUGGUGGAAUUUCAGCCCGUGGAGCAAACUCCUACCAUGCCCUUCUUUCCACUACAUCCUCUACAGGAGGCUGGUGCAUUCGCUCUUCGCCUUUCCAGACCCCAGUACAGUCCUCUGCUUCCACUGAAAGCCCUGCUUCCACGGAGAGCCCUGUGGGAGGGGAGGGAAGUGAACUGGGAGAAGUGCUGCAAAUUCAGGUGGAAGAAGAAGAGGAGGAGGAGGAAGAAGAUGAUGAUGAGGACCAGGGGUCAGCCACACUCUCUCAGACUCCUCAGCCCCAGAGAGUAUCAGGGGUUUUUCCCCGUCCUCAUGGACCCCACCCACUGCCCAUGACUGCUACCCCCCGAAAGCUUCCAGAGGGUGAGAGUGCACCCCUUGAGCUUCCUGCCCCUCCUGCACUGCCCCCCAAAAUCUUCUACAUUAAGCAGGAACCCUUCGAGCCUAAGGAGGAGAUAUCAGGAAGUGGAACUCAGCCUGGAGGAGCAAAGGAGGAAACCAAAGUGUUUUCUGGAGGGGACACUGAAGGGAAUGGGGAGCUAGGGUUCUUGUUGCCUUCAGGGGCAGGGCCAACAUCUGGGGGAGGGGGUCCAUCCUGGAAACCAGUGGAUCUUCAUGGGAAUGAAAUCCUAUCAGGGGGUGGAGGACCUGGGGGAGCAGGCCAGGCCGUGCAUGGGCCUGUGAAGCUAGGGGGGACACCCCCUGCAGAUGGAAAACGCUUUGGUUGCCUGUGUGGGAAGCGGUUUGCAGUGAAGCCAAAGCGUGACCGGCACAUCAUGCUGACCUUCAGCCUUCGGCCUUUUGGCUGUGGCAUCUGCAACAAGCGCUUCAAGCUGAAGCACCAUCUGACAGAGCACAUGAAGACCCAUGCUGGAGCCCUGCAUGCCUGUCCCCACUGUGGCCGUCGGUUCCGAGUCCAUGCCUGUUUUCUCCGCCACCGGGACCUAUGCAAGGGCCAGGGCUGGGCCACUGCCCACUGGACUUACAAGUGACUGCUGAGGCUAUACACUAGCUUCUAGAACAAGAUAACCACUGCUGCUGAUGCAUACUUUUCCCUCACUACCAUGGCACACCAGUCAUGGAUCUUGUAAUCAUGCCAACAGAAUAGAUACAUUAUGGACCACUUGUUCUUAGAUAAGGCCCUCUCAGCCUGGCAGAUGUGGAAACUCAAAUUUCUCGUCCCACUCCAGGUUUUGGCUAGCCAACCCUGCAGGAAAGUGGUUCAUAGGCCAUUCAUACUAAGUUGAUCACUUGUCCAUGGUGGACAUUUUUGUAGUGGUGAUGUCCAUUAAGGAAACCAGAUUUUCAAUUAUUUAGUGAAAGAGGAGUUAGAGCAAAAGACAGUGGUAAAUGUUUUAUUCCGUCUCCAUGAGGAAUUGAAGGAGUUGGUUUCCACCUAGAGAUACAUUUGAUUUAGAGCUUAAGUAAUUCAGAGGCUAAGCUCUAAGCUUUUUUUCUCUCAUUGCUGGAAUGAUUUAAGCAGAAGUCCUUUUGUGUACUUUUAAAAUUGUAUCUUUCCAGGAGCCCCUCAGAUUGUACCUUGCUUUCUCACCAGUAGACACCUUCCCAACACUUUUUUAAUGUUGUAGUUGAGCACUUUAACAAGUUGAGCAUUCCAUGUUUCAUUCUUAGAACCUUCUUUAAUAGAGGGCAUUCCCUCAACAGCCUGUGCCUCUGGUCUACCUUUGACCACCACUGAUAACUAAUAUAUUGGUCACAAUGACUGGAAUGUGACUAGUGAUCUCAGGAGAUGGCACUGUCCUAAAGUGCUCUCAGGGUGGCACCACUGCUCUCUGAACAAGUUGCCUUGGUCAGAGGGACUCAGGUUUGGGACAGCACAAGCUGAAGGCUGGAGAGUAACUUGCAUAGUAGGACCAUACCACCCACAUAUGAUAGACAGCCCCUCUGUUGAGAUAUGGAGGGGAUAGAUAUUGGAAUCGGGGGUGGGACUUGCAGUUACUUAAAAUAUUUGAAUAAACUGUGCCCUGAAACCUAAA